AUGACUGGAAAAGUGGGAUUAUCUGUGGAUACGCAUCCUGCGAAGCCGCCACCAGCGACCACUUUGACAGGUCGCACAGUGCGGCUCGAAAAACUAGACCCUCGGCACACCGACGACCUCUAUGAAAGCAUAGGACGACCAGAGCUUUCCGCAAUCUGGACCUACAUACCCUCUGGGCCCUUCCAAGAUAAAGAAACAUUCACCGCAUUCAUAGAGCAACUCUCCAAAUCCCCCGACCCGUAUCUAUACGCUCUCGUCGACGUCCCAUCCAACAAAGCAGUGGGAUUUCUAUCACUGAUGCGCAUCGACCAGAGAAACCGAGUAAUCGAGAUAGGCUUCGUCGUUUUCUCACCCUUGCUGCAGCGCACAACAGCCGCAACGGAGGCAUUUUAUCUCCUUGCAAAAGCCGUCUUUGAAGAUCUGGGAUACCGCCGUUUUGAGUGGAAGUGCGAUAGCCUGAACCAGCCGUCCCGGAACGCUGCUGCUCGUUUUGGAUUCACGGCAGAGGGCGUGUUUCGUCAGCAUAUGAUAAUGAAGGGCCGGAAUCGAGAUACAGCUUGGUUUUCUAUGCUGGAUUCGGAGUGGCCUACUGUGCGUGAAUCAUUUGAAAAAUGGUUGAAAGUGGAGAACUUUGAUGCGGAUGGGAAGCAGAUCGCUACACUUGUUGCUUUGCGAGGUCAUUGA